UUAACAUAUUUAUCUUAAUAAUCUUUGUUUUUUUAGAUACUUGCCGCUGUCGCCUUUUAUGGGAAUGGGAUGUACCAAAAAAAUGUUGGGGCCUACUACCACCUAGGCCUCUCGCAGGCAAUGGUCUCCUAUUCCAUACAAGAGGUGACAGAGGCAUUAAAUCAGCGUGCACUUUUGGAAAAAUAUAUUAAAUUCCCAAAAACACCCAUAGAGAGGGAAAUAAUAAGUAAAAGAUUCAUGGAACUUUUCGGGCUCCCAGGCGUCAUAGGGGCCAUUGAUGGAACCCAUGUGGCAAUAAUUAGGCCUGUGGAAGAUGAGGAAGCUUACCUUAACCGAAAGCUUUACCAUUCCAUAAAUGUAAUGGCAAUAUGUGAUGCAAAUUUAAAAAUUACUUACAUUAAUUCAGCAUUUGCUGGGGCAUCACAUGAUUCCCAUGUAUGGAAUAUGUCGGAGGUGAAGGCAUAUUUAAAUGGUCUUCAAGGGGAGAAUGUGUGGUUGCUAGGAGACUCUGGCUAUGGGCAAAGCAAUGUGAUGAUGACCCCCAUAUUGAAUGCAGCUGCUGGCUCUCCAAAGGAGCACUACACAAAUGUGCAAGUGAGAGCAAGGAACGUCAUCGAACGCUGUUUCGGAGUCCUAAAAGGUCGUUGGCGCUGCUUGCUCUCACACAGAACAUUACAUUAUGCUCCUGCGAAGGCGGGUAAAAUCGUAAACGCCUGUGCUAUUCUGCACAAUAUGUGCCGGGAAGAUGCCAUUCCUUACGAGGCCAUGGCCCUCCCCAUGGCCUCGUAA